CGCACGGCGCGGCGGACGCUCGGGCGGGGCGCGCGGGCGGACGGGCGCACGGACGCGCGGACGCGGUCCCGGCCCCAUGGCGUUCGCGCUGCUGCGCCCCGUCGGCGCGCACGUGCUGUACCCCGACGUGCGGCUGCUGAGCGAGGACGAGGAGAACCGCAGCGAGAGCGACGCGUCCGACCAAUCAUUCGGCUGCUGCGAGGGCCUGGAGGCGGCGCGGCGCGGCCCGGGCCCCGGGGGCGGGCGGCGGGCGGGCGGCGGCGGGGGCGGCGCGGGCCCCGUGGUGGUGGUGCGACAGCGGCAGGCGGCCAACGCGCGGGAGCGGGACCGCACGCAGAGCGUGAACACGGCCUUCACGGCGCUGCGCACGCUCAUCCCCACCGAGCCGGUGGACCGCAAGCUGUCCAAGAUCGAGACGCUGCGCCUGGCGUCCAGCUACAUCGCGCACCUGGCCAACGUGCUGCUGCUGGGCGACGCGGCCGACGACGGGCAGCCGUGCUUCCGCGCGGCGGGCAGCGCCAAGGGCACCCUCCCCGCCGCCACCGACGGCGGCCGCCAGCCGCGCUCCAUCUGCACCUUCUGCCUCAGCAACCAGCGCAAGGGGGGUGGCCGCCGCGACCUGGGAGGAAGCUGUUUGAAGGUGAGGGGGGUAGCCCCGCUCCGAGUGUCAAGAAGAUGAGUCUGACGCCUGUGGCACUUGCUCCGAGCAGGACCCUCAAGAGGGAACCAGAGGCCAGCCACCGGCUGGACGGGGAGAAGAUGCCGGGCGCUGACCCCCAGCCUCCUUUGUGAGGGACCAGAGGACAAUGGCCGGGGUGCCCCCCCUGACCCUGGGGGCAGGCCCCACGCCGGGACAGCUCUACUCCACCCUGGAGCGGACAAGGGUCCCAGUACCGGGCCCUGGCUGGCCGGUGACUAGGUGGACAUUCUGGGAAAUGGACUGUUGGUGACAGAGGAUAUGUAUAAAUCUGCAUGAGUGCAAGUGUGUGUGUGUGUGUGUGUGUGUGUGUGUGUGUGUGUGUGUGCGCGCGCGUGCUUGCGCGCGUGAGCCUAUGAAUGUGUAAGGGAGA